AACACCACCACCACCGCCGCCGCAGCAGCAACAACAGCCACCGCCAACGGCUCCCAAAUCCGACCGGGCGGUGCUCCCGCCCGCGUCUACAUGAACGAGAAGAUCGUACCGUAUCUGCUCGAAGGGAUGAAGAGCGUCGCGAAGGAACAACCCCCGAAUCCCCUCCGCGUACUCGGCGAAUUUCUGAUUCAGAAAAGUAACGAACUCGAG